ACUACGUUAGUGUUUGUGCGUGGGUGUAGGGGCGCGAGAGUUAUCUACAACACUAAAAACAGUAUGCCAUCCUUUGUAUGUUUAUGCUUUGUAUAUCGUGCUGCAGUGACGUCGACCUCGACGGGUUGAUUAACUCGCGUGAGCGUGUCCGGUGCAGAAAGGGCGCAGCUGCUCCACUCAAAUAACACGCGCCCACGCAGGAUCGGAUUAACGCAGGAUUGGCCACCUGACCGAGGAAGUUCGUCGUGCGCAGACUCCGAGGCAAUCUGCCACUUUGGGAGCCUCCUCAGAGCAGUUGUUACGAUCAGCUGACGGAUGACGUCACUCAACAAGCAACGUGAUUUGCACGAAACCUCUCCUCCAUGUGACGUAAUCGCCCUUGGAUGUGCAGUUUGCGCGCGCCCUGAGCGCAGCGAGGUGCAGCUUCGAAGGGACCUUCCAGCCUGAGCAUGCGGACGUUGAUGCUGCGGGAGACCGCCAAGCGCUUCCCUUGGCUGGCCAACGUGACGCUGUACGGCGCCCUGUUCGCCGGAGGUGAUUUGCUGCACCAGCUGCUGGCGCACAGGCAGCGUCUGGACUAUACGCACACCCGCAAUGUGGCCGUGGUGGCGGUCACCUUCCACGGGAACUUCAACUACUUCUGGAUGAGAGCGUUAGAGCGACGUUUCCCGGGGAAGUCGGCCGGGAUGCUCUUCCGAAAGCUGCUGCUGGACCAGAGCUUCGCCUCCCCGUUGGCCACCAGUGUCUUCUACACGGGAGUGAGCUUCCUUGAGGGCAAGGAAGACAUCUUUGAAGACUGGCGGGAAAAGUUCUUCAACACGUGGAAGACUGGACUCAUGUACUGGCCUUUCAUGCAGUUGCUGAACUUCGCGCUGCUGCCUCUGCACAUGCGCACGGCCUUCAUGGGCUGCUGCGCCUUCCUGUGGGCCACCUUCCUCUGCUUCUCCCGCCAGGACGGCGACGGCACGGUCGGCGUGGCGUUGGCCUUCGUCAUGGACCCCCGCAAGACUCUGGAGGAAAUGCGGCAGGCCCGCCUGGCCAGGAAGCGGGGCCGAGAGACCCACAAGGAUAACUAGUCAGGUGCUACUGUUGAAUAUCAACCAGGAGCACCUGCUGGGUCCAAGACCAUGACCAUGUACAGUGGGUCCAUACAUGCGUGGGUGUUUUUGAAAUGUAUGCCAAGGCAACAGGUAGCGCUGUCGCCCUGGAACCGUAAAGCUGAGCCAGUCAGAAGGAAAGGCAGAAAAGACCUGUUGCUAAGAUGCUAAGCAA